AUUUUAAAUUUUGAGCUGCCAGUGUCGUGGUUUGCAGGAGAGUCGGCUGUGCAUUGAGGCUUUGGUCACGCUCGCAGAGUCUAUUUGGUUUUGGUUUUGGUUCUGUUCCAGUACAAUUGAAGUAUUGAAAGGAUCUGUGUCGCUAGCGCCUUCACUCAUUUGCUUAAGAAGUGUCCUCCUUAUUUUGUACAUGUAUUAUCUGCUCUGAGAAGUGUCAGUUUUGUUCGCUCCGUGAGUUUACCUGGUGCUUAUGAAAGGUAUAAGUCCUGACAGUGUUUCGGAUGAUCGGCCACGAUUAGUUGUACUACCUCCACCCGCCAGCAAGGAGAUAGGAUAAAAGCGCAAUAAACAUCAUGGGCGCGUCCAAGAAACUUCUGAAGACGCUUGCCAAAAUGAAGAGGAUGGUGACUCCAAGUUCACCGGACCACCGGGAUAUGCAUGCGAAGCAAGCUGAUGGCGAGAGGAAACAAACUAGGGCCGCACGGAAGACAUAUGCAGUGGAUACCGCCUCCAAUAGUUCAAUUAAGGACGCCCAGGGUACAAUUAUCAAAGACGUCAAAGGAAUGCUCAAACUAGCAGACUUGGUGAAGAGAGUAGAUAACUAUCUGCUUAUCUCUACGAAGCAGCGGCAGAUGAGCCUUGAAAACUUGGCAGCUCUUCGCAUCCAGACGGCAUUCCGAGCAUUCUUGGCAAGAAGGGCGUUAAGAGCAUUGAAAGGCCUAGUGAGGCUCCAGGCUCUAGUGCGGGGCCACAUUGUGCGUCGUCAAGCAUCCAUCACCCUGCGGAGCAUGCAAGCUUUGGUUCGAGUGCAAGCUCGAAUCCGGGCUAGUCGGGUGAGGAAGUCAUCCGAGGGUCAGGCUGUGCAACGCACUAUCUCAGAGCGCAGGUGUCGCAAAGCCAUGCUCCUAGACAUCGAGCGGGGUUGGUGCGCGGACUCGGGGACAGUUGAAGAUGUGCAAGCCAAGAUCCAACAGAAGCAGGAAGCGGUGAUGAAGCGUGAGCGAGCAUUAGCCUAUGCUAACAAAUUUCAAUGGAUCACUGAGGAAGAGCCAAAAUGCGGAGUGUAUUCAGACCAUGGCCCUCCAGACAACCAACUCUGGGAGUGGAGUUGGCUAGAGCGGUGGAUGGCAGCACGUUCUUGGGAGAAUCGCGGGCUUAACAGCUGUGGCUUUAAGGAAAAGCCUCAUUUCACCUCAGAAACAGAGAGCUUAACUGACAGCACAUCCCCUCCUCCAGCGCCGAAGAUUACAAAGCAGUGUAGCUCCAGAGGCAGCUUCAUCGGCAGCACUCGGGAUCAAGUGAGUGUACGCGGAAGUAAACGUAUAUCUUCGCCAACUAGGUCCCGAGAAAGCCACGCCUAUCUUCAAUCCUCCACCACAGGCGAGUACAAGCAGCGUGAUGGUCUGUUUGUGCCAUUCUGCGGCCAGGAAGUCGGAGGUGCGUCAUCAGCUCCACGGCCACCGCAUGGUCGAGCGGCGCUAGCGCCUAAAGAUAGCAACGUCCCCAGUGGAGGACAACCCAGCUACAUGACACCCAUAAAGUCGUCUAAAGCGAAAGAGAGGUCCCUGAGCACACCAAAGCAGAGGCCGGGGAACUCCCAAUCGAUCUCUCGAAACGGACAAGCCAACCGGAAGCGGCUUUCAUUGCCCGCUAAGAACGUAGUGGAAGGUUUGGUGAGCCCCGUUUCGAAGUUCCAAGCUUCUGGUGAGUUCUCGCUCAGUCCACCGACAAUGCAGUGGAAGGCAGCUCAGACACUCCCACCGAUCAUGCGGUUCGACAGACCUUACUCGAGGAGUGGCGAGAUUGGCAUGAUGGGGAGUAGCAACGCUCUACGGAGGCCGUUCAGAUAAUCUAACUAAAUUAGCUCAUGAUAUCGAUCCUCUUCGCCACAAUCGUUAUAGAUGGAAUGGUCUCCCUGGGGGCUCAUAGCUCAUUGGUUCCCCAAUUGGGAAACUAGACUGCUAGAUUAGAAUGUAGGCAAAAAUGGUUUCCAUGCAUUCAGUUUUCGUCCAGUGUGAUUCGUAUUUCAUGCCUCGUGAAAUUCGGCUGCGAUUUCUCUUGUAGAGAGGAGCACCACCGACGAAUCUGAGACCUACUGGUGUUAUAUUUCGCUUUCGUAAGAGGAAUUUUGACGCUGAGCUUUUUCAAAUAGCA